AUGCUGGCUAAAUCAGAUCUAACCUCCAAGUCCAGAUGGUUCUUGAUCAUUCUCAAUGUUCUCAUCCGAGCAUACAUCUCCUUUUAUAUGAUAAUUCCUGAUUGUGAUGAAACUUUCAAUUAUUGGGAUCCUUUGAACUUAUUGAUUAGAAAGUUUGGUAAACAAACUUGGGAAUACUCUCCAGAAUAUGCUAUAAGAUCAUAUGCUUUCCUAACUCCAUACUACUUGAUUGAUUACCCUUUCCAUUAUUUAAAUCAAUUUUACAAAUUUCCUUCAUAUUUUGAAUUUUACUGGAUUAGAUUAAUUGGUUUAAAUGGAUUAACUAGUUUAAGUGAAAUUUUAUUAACUAACUCCUUAAGUGAAAACUUUGGAGCUAAAAUCGGCAAUUGGUACUUGUUCUUAUCUUCUAUUAAUACCGGGAUGUCCCAUGCUGGGGUUGCUUUAUUACCUUCGAGUUUUGCAAUGCAAAUGAUUAUAUUUGCCAUCAAUAAAUCUUUAAAUGCAAUUAAUAGUAAUGAUUCCGAUUUCAAAGUUAAGAAUUCAGUGAAGACUUUCUUCUGGUUUGGUUUAGGUGGACUUUUUGGUUGGCCAUUCAUUCUUGUAUUGUCGGUACCAUUUGCUUUUUACACUUUAUUUUCAUCUAGUUUGAAUCAGUUAUGGCAAAUUGGAUUGAAAUCGGCAAUUAAGGUGUUUGGACUCAUUUUGGUGAUAAGUGGGAUUGAUAAUUUAUAUUACAAGUUCAAUCACUUCUUCUUCGUUCCAUUGAAUAUCGUGUUAUAUAAUGUAUUUGGAGGUGAAGGUGAAGGACCAGAGAUCUUUGGCGUUGAACCAUUUAGUUACUACGUUGCCAAUUUACUAUUAAACUUCAAUCUAAUAAUGAUCUUAGGUUUUGUUGGGAUCUUGGUGAAUUUCUUCAUUUACGAAUAUAAAUACAAAUCUAAAAUCUUGGUUGGUAUAAUAAGUCCCUUGGUUAUUUGGAGUACUAUUUUCGGUAUUCAACCUCAUAAAGAGGAAAGAUUCUUAUAUCCAAUUUACCCAUUGAUUAUUAUAAAUGCUUCAUUGUUAAUUAAUAAGUUAUUUAUUUUACUCAACACCAUUAGAAAUAAAUUAAGAUUACCGAAAAGUAUUACAUUUUCAAUUCAGUUAUUAUUUGCAAUUUCAAUUGGAUUAAUUUCAAUUUCUAGGAUAUUCAAUUUGAUUGAAAAUUAUCGAGCUCCAUUAACGGUACCAACUGUUUUAGCACAAGAGUCCAAUACCGAUUUGCAAAACGUUUGUGUGGGCAGAGAAUGGUACCAUUUCCCAAAUUCUUUCUUCUUACCAGAUAAUUACCGAUUGAGAUUUGUGAAGAGUGGAUUCGAUGGAUUAUUACCGGGAGAUUUUUUGGAAGCCGCCGCCAUUCUGGACUCUACUUCAAAUAUACCAAGUGAUAUGAAUAACAAGAAUGAAUUUUCCGAAUCCAAGCUUAUUGAUUUCGAGCAGUGUGACUAUUAUUUUGAUAACUCCCAACCAAUCAAUGAAAACGUUGGUGAGCCCCAAAUGUUUAUUGAUGGACAAGUUAGACCGGAUUGGCAGUUAUUGAAAUGCGAUAAAUUGAUCAACCCCGAUGGGAACCACCAAGGGAUCGGAAGACUACUUUACAUUCCAACCAUCUUAAGAAACCAUAUACCAAACGAGGUUGUUUAUAUGGACUUGUGUGUUUUUAAGAAAGAAAAACGUUAAUUUAACUAUAUAUGUUUUAAUACGAAAAGAAAAUAGGCAAAAGCAAGAGCGUAACAUCAACAUUGCAUGAAAGAAAUAAAAUAAAACAAAGAGAAGGUGGGAAGGUGAAAGCUCAAUG